AUGUGCGCACCUCAUCAUACGCCGGAACGAAACACUGUGCUGGCGAUAACGAUCCUCUGGGUGCUGAUCAUCAUCACCAAACUGCCGGUGUCAUUUGCGCACGGAAUCAAUAAAUUCAAAUACCACGACCGGGAGACAGAAACAUGCGGCUUCCUCGAAAAGGAUAGUCCCUCCUGGGCCGCCUUCCACAUCACGUUCUUCGUUAGCUCGUACGUGGUCCCGCUCAUACUGAUCAGCGUCCUGUACAUGUGGAUGCUAUCCCGGCUGUGGCGAAGUUCGGUCGGCGGUCGUUCGGCCGAAUCGAAGAAGGGCAAAAAGCGCGUUACCCGGCUGGUGGUGAUUGUGGUGGCAGCGUUUGCUUCAUUAUGGUUUCCCAUACAGGCCAUCCUGGUCCUAAAGAGUGUGGACAUCUUUAAACCAGACACGCAUUUUAAAAUUUCAAUACAAAUCGUCUCGCACGUGCUGGCAUACACGAGCUCCUGUAAAAACCCGCUGCUGUACGCGUUUCUGUCCGAAAUCUUGCGGAAAGCAUUCCGUAACAUUGUUUACUGUGGACCGGGGAGUCGCCGCCAGGGCAGCCAGCGACAUAUGCCACUGCCAACGAAAACGACGCGAACCGGCUGCUGUCCAGACAUUUUAUAACCGGAAACAAUGGAGGAAACGUCCGUCACCUUCGUUUAAUACACUCUUUGCAGCCCAGUGUCUCCGUUUUAUCCUGUCCUCGACAGAGCAUCAGCACAGCGACACGAGCUUCUACGAAACGUGUUGGAUUAUAUCAGCAUCAAGAGUUUAAAUAGAGGAGCUUUCAAUAACGUUUUAGACCUGAAAAUUUGACUUCAAUUAAUGCUGCGUCGGUAAAUAUAGAACAUCAAA